GUCUUUUAGUACCUUUGCCUAACUUUUUCAGUCAUUGAUUCUCCGAAGCCACUAGCACUUGAUGAUCUAUAUAGUAUAUAAAUACAUCACGAUCGUGUAGUUCAUGAGAAUUGGUCUUCACCAAUAACGAAGAAAAAUUUCUCCUUGUUUGUACGGCACACAAGUGAGAUCAAAGAUGGAAAAUAUGCCACCAGGUUAUCGUUUCUACCCCACAGAAGAGGAGCUGAUUUCGUUCUAUCUUCACAACAAGCUUGAAGGAGAAAGGGAAGACAUGAAUCGAGUUAUUCCAGUCGUUGAUAUAUACGACUACAACCCAUCUGAACUCCCACAAAUUUCAGGAGAGGCAAGUAUGAGAGACACGGAGCAAUGGUUUUUUUUCAUUCCGAGGCAAGAGAGUGAAGCGAGAGGAGGGAGACCAAAGCGUCUCACAACUACAGGGUACUGGAAGGCAACAGGGUCUCCUAAUCAUGUUUAUUCUUCGGAUAAUCGCAUCAUCGGAAUUAAAAGGACUAUGGUUUUCUAUAGUGGAAGAGCUCCAAACGGAACCAAAACCGAUUGGAAGAUGAAUGAGUACACUGCCAUCAAAACAUCAUCCUCUAGUCCCACGCUAAGGAAGGAAUUCAAUUUAUGCAGAGUGUACAAAAAAUCAAAGUGUUUGACAGCAUUUGAUAGACGACCACCGCCAAGGAGGGACACAGAAAGCUAUUCGGGUGCUCAAAAUGUAGAAGAGCAACAAAAGGGUUCAACAUCAUAUGAUGAUUAUCAUCAUAAAAUGGUGGAGAGAAGUGCAACGUGUUCACCAGCAGAGAGCUCUUCCUCCGGAGACCAUGACCAACCCCCUCUUCACGGUGAGGAAGCUACUCAAAUGGAUGUUGACAACAACGAUGACCCUUUUUUGGAUUGGGAGAAAGUGGAUAUGUUCUUGGGAUCAGAACCAUGAACACAUCCAAUCCAAUCUAUCUGUGCUUUGUUGGUAUGCUACAACAAAGUUGACUCUCAAGUCUCAGCUACACCGAUGACUGAAUAAGUAGUAGGUUAUGUUAAUUAAUUGUGUAUGUCGCACCGCAUGCAGAACAACUACUUUAAAUAUUUGUUAGAUUUCUUGCUAGCUUUAUAAAGUUGUGUAUAGUGGCUAAUUUGUCUGAUAAAUUAUCACAAAGUCUUCAUCUUGUGAUCUAUGGUACCAAUAUCUCCCCGUCUUCAUGCAAAUCCUUAGGAAUCAAAGAUUUGAACAAAUUCUUCAUUCAUACGACGACAAUCUAAUAUUAAACAAAUUUCACCGACC